GUUGUUCAUAUAUCAUGAAUAAAUACAAGUUUUUCACACUUUAUAUAAUAUUACGUGGGGGACUUUUAUUUUGAAAGUUUCUUAAAUUCCGCAACACGGAAGUACUUUUAUUUUUUUUGUGUUGCUGACAAGCUGGUGACUCCUAGUUACAGGGCGGCAGCUUCGAGCGCACAUGGCAGACGACAAAAGGGUUGUGUUUCAGCUCGCAAAGCGGUUCACAAAUAUAUUCAGAACACACUAUGCAGCCGGUCUGUAUACCUCAGUGUUGUGUGCAGCCUGUCCGAGUGGUGAGAUGCCUUUGGAUAUACGGCGUAAAAAACAACAUUAAUUUAUUGGGUUAGGCUGAAAGGCUGUAAAGUUGAGCAACCCACUGCUACUGUUCUAGAUGACUGUUGGGAAUAUACAAGUAGACAAGGCAGUGGUUUUGGUUGGACAGUUGGAAAAACUUGCUGAUGAGAGCGGUUGGAGGUUGGCCCUUCCGUGGUGAUUAAGGUCUGUUCCUCCAUGGUUAUAGUUAGUUAGCUCGUAGAUUUAGCAAAAGCAGAGUGGGUAGCCACUUUGUCGACGUGCACAAGAGUAACUAACUAGGCACUUUUGCUAACCUUGCCUGGUGGGUUCUUCUAGAUAUAACGAACUAACGUUAACUAGCUCAAUCUAGUCAAGUAGCCAACAAAUAUUCAACACAAACUAAAAAGUUGAUUUCCUUGCUCAAGUAUGGGGAUGUGCUUACCGUGCCUUGGUGGACCUGGAAACGACUUGUCCACCACACCAGAUCGAGAGACAAGGAGACGUGAGCUGGCAGAGGCCGCUGAGAAGAGACAGAAAGAGACAACCUACAGGGGUGUCAAAAACCCCCAAGCAGUUGAGAGAAAUAAAAAGAAUAAGGAGAUGGAGAAACAAGAGAUGAGACCGUCUCCGCCUGGAGAAGGAGGAGGAGGAGGGAUGAAGUGGCAGGUAGGCUAAAGAUAGACAUGGAGAGAUCCUGGAAGUCUCAAUGUAGACUGAGGUUCAGCUAACAACAUGAAGAUGGUACCAGUUGACUUAAAGGCUUUUUUUUUUUGAAUAUCAGCCCUUAUACUAGAUUUUUUAUUUUUAAAUGCAAGCCUUUUUUAGAGGCGAUUGUGUGUCUGCAUCUCUCAACUUCGUAGGAUAGUUUGCCGGGCUUCGACGCUGGUAAAAUAAAUAAAUAAAAGAUUCUGCUGCCCAAUGUUGGCCGUGUGAAUCACAGGACAUGCCUCCCUUAAUGCCAAGAUAUACAAGAGAAUAUGCAAGCCAGCCAAUGGAGCUUUGGAACAGACAGGGCGGCGUAGCUAUGAAUAGAAUAUAAACACUCAGAGGAAAUAUGCUCUCACACUACAUCGAUAAACUGUACCAGGCGUCUUGCAGUGAACUCUCUCUCUUUGUGUUCUCUUUGUCCUCUCGCCUUUCUUUCUCUCAGCCAUUUCCACUUUGCCAGCUUUAACACCAUGGCGCUUACUUCUUUUGCAAUUGUUUCAGACAUUUUGAACUUUGAGGAAUAUUCUUGUGAUCUAUUUACUGUAUAGUAUAUUUUCCUUCUAAAAUUAUUUUAUGCAACAAAGUCCUUUUUACUGUUCAAAAUAGGCCUAGAUGAUUCAAAUGUCAUUUUCUAUUGUAGAUCAGUGUGAAAAGAACUACGUUUCCCAUAGCUACUGAUGAACCACAUGUGAACGUUUUAGAGUUCCCGCACCAGAACUAUUCAGUUGACUUUUCUAUUGUAGAUCAGUGUGAAAAGAACUACGUUUCCCAUAGCUACUGAUGAAUGUUUUAGAGUUCCCGCACCAGCACUAUUCAGUUGACUUCACUUUAGUGUUUGAUUUUCAUAUGUCUGUGCAAUAUAAGUUAUUUGCUACACGUUGUAUUGGUUUGUAAUGUAUGAAGAAAAUGCUAUAUUUUAAAUGAGGUAAGAAGUUUGAGUCGUGAAA